GUCGCAGUUUUUAUUUUUAUUUUUUCAUCAAGCACUGAGCCGCGGCCCGCGACCGUCGCCCCCCCUAGAAGAUGAUCUAGCCAGGUUUUGUGCAUGCGUAAACGCGGCGGCGCUCCGUGCUCACCUCUCAGCCUGCACCCUUCACCCCGCGCCCCCUCCCUUCUCCUUCACCCACAUUUGCGUCUACUUCUCAAAGACAGGAGAGAGAGCGCAGCUGCGGGGCGGGGGCGCCGCCAGGUUUUAGGCUGUUACAAACUCUGUGACAUAAGUAAACCAAUAGUGGUGUAUAUAUUAUUUUACAAGGGCCGAGCCGCCGGUGCCGCCCCCCUGCAUUUUUGCGCCCUGGGCAAUCGCCCGUAUAGCCCGUGCCUAAAACCGCUACUGGCUAAAAGGAUGGAAAUUAUUCAUGGUUUAUACAAAUAAUUCACAUUAAACGGUACAUGUGUUGUUGUUAGUUCAUUUUAAGAAUAUCUGACCAAAUAUGGGUAUAACUGUGAUGACGUCUUUAAUGUAGACAGGGUUUAAUCUUCAUAAAUGAUUUAAAUAUAACCUAAAACCAUUUCUUUCAAAAAGCACCUGUUUUUCUUUGAAACUUCAACAGGAAGUUACAUUUUUUUGGGUCAGAGUGGAGAAGUUGCUGCUUUGAAGCCUCCAGCAGAACCAGAAGAUGCGUUUGAAUCAAAUAAGCUCAUCUCUGGAUGACCUGGACGUGGUUUCCUGUUGGACUGAAGACAUGAAAUGUUUCUCAUAAUCAAUCAAAAACAAACUCUUUGAAGUGGGAAUAAUCGGUGAACAGGAAGUUCCGUCUGGAUUAGUUCUGUGAGCAGCGCUGAGCUGCAGAACCUGCGGUCGUUCUGGGGGUUUUGUUGUUGAGAGAGCGCGGCGUCUGAGGCUGUCAGAGACGCUGCACUGUAGAUGUGGGUCACACUGUAGCUGCAGGCCUCCCAGCUCACAGAAAAGGCUUUUCAAACCCGCUGACGCUAAAGUGGAGCAGUGCAGAAAAGCUUUUUGUUCACACUCUUGGUUCCCAUCGGUGGAUUUCUCUGUGGUUCUUCUCUGACCCCGCAGACAGAAACCUGUUCCCGUUCUCUGGAGGUCAAAGGUCUGUUUAGUCUCUUUCUGGGUGGGCGUGGCGGUUGGCUUUUCUCGCCGGUCCUCCUGAACUGACAGGAAGAUGUCCACGUUUACGAGCAGCGAGGGGGGGGACCUCAAAGCCGGGGUUUCCCCCUCCUGGUGGUCUUCAGCCCUCUGAAGAACAGCAGCGGUCAGAGCGUCUCUGCACCUUCAGCUCUGCUUUCAGAUCUGUGAAAGUCUCAGGUUGAGGCCAGCAGAGGAACCGGGGCCGCUCACGGCGGUGGAGGGGGGGUUCUGGAGGAUUAAAAAAGCCUUUUUCGGUUCUUGUUUCUCUGCAGAGGAGCAUGUUCCGCCUCUGGUCUGAAACCGUUCUUCCGCCUCAGGCGCUUUAGUUCUGGCGCCUCUCGGACGGCGGUUCUGGCAGCAUGGCUCGCCGUGACGCCGGCCUCCUUCUGCUGCUGUCUCUGUGCUUCGACUCUGACGUGACUCUGGUGAAAACGGCGAGGGGAGAUCCAGGCGUGACCCCCGUCUGCUCUGGGGCGGCGCUGCAGGACAUCACGCUGAUCGUCUGCCAGAUCCGGACCCGGUGGAGGCGAGAGGACUGCAGAGUUCUGUACCGACACCAGCAGAACUUCAGCUCUGAAUGUGGCUCCGGGUUCCGCUUGGUGACGGAGAACCAGACGCUGUUUCUGCAGGCGGAGGACGGCCGGAACCACACCUGUGAGUGCUCGCACCUGCAGGGCACCGUGGAAGCAGAUGCAGAGGAAGGAGGCGUCAUGUCCGAUCUGAGCAUGCUCGGCUUCACCACAGCGGUCAGCUCCGCCUCCGGACUCGUCAUGGUGGCUGCAGCUUUGCUGGGACUCGUCCUGAGGAACGCGGCUCUCAGAGCUCAGCGACAGGCGGAGCUGCAGAGACCACCUAGCAAAGGCGAUGACGACAGCACGUACGCCAGCCUCCAGCAGCCGACGGACGACCUCUACCAGACCAUUGACAGACGUGACCCCGCCCCCAGGGUCACACGGGUCACGUGGGUCAUACAGGAGACUGAGAUCUAUGAAAACCCGUGAGGAUCGUUUACUCCAGAAUUCCAGUUUCUUCUCAGAUGGAAUGAAAAUAUGGAACUUUGUUUUCAUGGGUUCUCAUUGAGAACAGGAACUGAUCAGGUGACAGGAGCAGAAGAUCCUCAUCAAAGGACGAAGGAAUGUUUGUUUUUCCACAUCAUCUUUAAAACUGAGAUUAAAGUUCUGCUUCUGAAACCC